AUGUCAACUCCUCGCAAGACUGACCGGGUCUCUCUCGCGCGUCAUCAUCAUCCCCAAUCACCUUUUGGUCGCGCCGACGAUCCAAGCCACGAAUUCGAAUUCGAGACCAACCUCGCCCUCUCUCCCCCCACCAAACAAAAUGGGACGCGUCCUCGACACAACUAUCGCACUGGAACUCUAGCGGGGGCCUAUCGAGCGAUCUCACGAACAAGCAUGUCGGAAGAAGGCGUUCAUCUGGGUUCAACUCCCAGUCCGCGACAACCUUGGAAUCGCAUCGAUAAGCAGUCGCCAACCUCUGACAUUUCAAACCCACCCGAGGAACUCGUCGAUGCCUACAAGAGAAUUGAGGAAGAUGGAACAUUGGCCGAUUAUGUGCAGUGGGAUGAUCCGGAAGUUUCAUCCAGAAAGAAUUCCCCAGGUCGUCUCAGUCGCUCAUCGUCCAAACAACGAGGACGAGAAUACGAUGGCGGAUCCCGCGAUGGGCGAGCUUUUUCCGAGGGAGGACUAUUCGAUGGAAUUGGUCACAACUCACCUCGGCGUACAACCGAUUACUCGCGAGAUGAGCAGCGCCUCAGACGAGUCACGGGCAAAGAUUCCCCGGUUUUCAGCAAGGCCAAGACCACCAGUCACUCGGCUUUAACAGCGGACAACCUACAGCGACGUGAGAAGGAAGAGCGGCCUUGGGAACAAGACAAUAAUCGAUAUCACCAAGACCAGCAAACAUCGGAUUACGAAGGUGACCGUGGUCCAUCACUCAACCUACCACGUACCUGGGGCAGCCGCGCCGCACGCAGGCAGGAAUGGCUACGUAAUGUCAGUGGAAGCUCUGGCUCGGAACCUCCAGAGAAUGGGAAUCGUGACAUUUCCGACGAAGCCCCAGCGCCCAAGACGAACACGAAUGAGAACCAAAGUUCCAGACCUAUCCGUUCAUCUUCUCACAUAGACCGGGCUAGCGCUUCUAACCGGGGUGCCCUCGAAGAACGUGUCGCCAAUCUUCGUACGCAAAAUGUGCAGGACACAAAAGAUCAAGCGGGACUUGGGUUGGAUCAACAUUCGCUUCAAACUGAUGGUGCCGCUAUUCCUAAUACACCGAUCGUGGUCUACAAGAACUCGAACAUGACUAGACCAAGCACAACAAAACGAGAUUCUCAAGAACUUCUCCGAAAGCUCUCGAGGACUGAAAGCCCGAAGAUGGACCAGAUCCAGACCCCAGACCCGCCAAAGCUAUUUGAAAGAAAAUUUUACGAUAAGACUCCCAGGGUGACCGGUGCAUGGGUCGAUACACCCAUGACUGAACGAGCUGUCGAUAUCCCGAGUGACUUGACUAAGGAUAUAGUGGCCCCUCCGGCACCCCCCAAUGCAAAGGAGGAAUCCGCUUCAGCCCUAAAACCAGCAGCAGAUCCAAUUAUUGCCAAGCAAUCGAAGCCUAGGCCUCCUCUUGCUCGGCCAAAGUUGCCAAAAAGUGCCCUUGAAACUGUCAUCGAGGAUGCCAGCUCCGGUAAAGAAGCUCUUAAUAUGGGUGACGAUACCAUCGAAUCUCUCCAAGCCAUUUUGGAUGAUCCGACUGAUCUGAAGAUCGAGGAAGACGAGGAUGCCGCUUAUAAACAUGUGCUCGAUCGACUCGGGCUAUUACGUCAAAAUAGCGAAGGCUCUGAUGAUUACGACCGAAUAGAUACCAAGUUGCAAUCGUUAGCACAACACAUCACGGAAGUGAAGAAGGGUCUGGACCGCUUGCAAGGACAUGUCGCCAACGGAUUUGAGGAUUUGGAUGCUAAGAAUGGAACCACCAAGACACCGCCCCCUAUUUCAACACCGACUUCAAGCGAGUCCUGCAAAACCUGCAGUACGCCUUCGGAUACCCGUCUCUAUGCUGCUAUCCCUCUCCCUCGAUUAUGGGAACAAAACCUCACAUCCCGACGUCUACAACUUACCAAACUCGGCUGGACCACACUUAUCUUUACGAUGUGGUAUAUCAUCGAAUGCACAAUGACAGAGAUGUACUCUCAUCCCCUCAUCUCCGAUACUUGCACGGGUUAUUGUCUCCGUCCUGACGCACCUGUCUUCCCCUUUGUGACCGUGACGAUGUUGUGGCGCUGGUCUCAUUUGUCGACUGUCUUAGGACCGAUUAUUACUCUCGGCGUAGCUCUCUUCCGCCUCGUGGCGCAGCUACUGGGAUUAUGGGAUGGCUAUGUGGACGAGCCAGCCAGUUUGGCAAAUCUUGUUGGCGAGAUUCGUAUCAACGGAACUCCAGUCGCGUUCCCUUGGUUGACACCGCCGUCCAAGACGCAGGGAUUCUCGCCGUCCUCUGUUUUACCUCCUCCGCCACCACCCCCACGACCCGAGUGGACUCCGCGUCACGACGCUCCGACCCAGGCGGGGGAUGAUCAGGCCUCUAUGGACGAUGAUGAAUAUCUUUGA